AUGGAGGAGGCUCUUGAAGAAAGUUUCGCAUGUGACUGUAUAGUUGGAAAGCUUUGCGAAGCACUUCCUGGCACACCGGGGUUGAGAGCUGGCGUGAUCCCGUACAGUGGCGUGUACGAUACGCAAGAUCAAGCUCGUAAACAAGGCUACUGGAUUCCUGGUGUGCCAGUUAAAGCGAGAAUUACGAAAGUUGAACGCGACACAAAAUUCUCAUUAACAUUACAUUUGAUAAAUGCUUACCUGUAUACAGUUGAAUUGGAACAUGGCGCUUUCAAGUGGAGUGUUGUCAAACGGAAUAAGGAUUUUACACUUUUACAAGCUCGACUUUUCAGCCAUCGCGCAGCUGAACGAAUAAGAGCACCCGUUAGAAGAAUUCGGCACAGGAAAACCUGGGCUCAAGAAGCUCUGGACGAUGCGUUGGAAUCCGUCGGUGUUGAUAUCAUUCCUGACCGAAGGGGUGAAGGCUCUUAUCAAAGUCGACGACGUUCUCAUCGAAAAGCUAGCAAUACGAGUAAAGCGAGGGAGGAACUUGAUGUAGGUGUUGAAGGAGAUUCUCUUCAUAUUCUAAAACGAGCUAAGGAAUUUGACGACAUUGAAAUGGUUAGAUCAGCAAUGAGCGCAGCUGCGAAGCAAGCAAAGAAUUCAGAAUCAAACGUUCCCGGUGAUACGACAUCAAACCAGCUUUCUGUAAUACCUGAAAUUGGUGUUCCUGGAAAAAGUUUAGAGGAGGAAAUUCCAACAAGCAGGCCAUUGAAGAAAUCUAACAGUGCUCGCGGUCAUCACUUGCCGACUUUAAGGAUAGUCCCUGAUUCCAUAGCUGACCGGAAAUCCAGAAAAACUUUGGCUCGGUUCAUUUCCUGCUUUCCUCAUACGUUUUUAAUAAACUUAAAACUCAGUACUCUUUUUAAUUUUUUUGAUCAGUUGAUUUUGAAUAUAUUUAAGGACGAGCUGGAAGCUUGGUUGCAAGCGGUUCUUCACAUCCCCGUUAAUAGGAAUCACCAUGAGACUGCUGAAUUUCUUGAAGUUUCAAGAUUUUCUUUUGUUAAUGAAUUGGGCGGCAAAUAUGCAGAGGGCAUGGUUAAAAAACGUCCCGGAGGUAAUCGUGUUUUUAUCGGUUGUAAACAGUUCUGUGUUAGGCAUCUGGUCCCUUGGUCUAGGCGUUGGUUAAUUUUGAAGGAUACUUUUGUAUGUUAUAUGGAUCCCGGUAGUGAAGUGCUUAGAUUUGUUUUGCUUUUUGACAAUGACUUCGAAGUCUCAGCAGGAUCUGAUGAAACUGAAGGAAUACCCAGUGGCCUGGUUAUAACAAAUCAGCAACAUAAACUUGCUCUUAAAUGUGCUACACCUUUGGAUGCAUUCAAGUGGAAAACGGCUAUAUAUGAUUCGAUUAAUGGAGUAGGAAGUAUUUGGAAAGCACAGCAUCCAUAUGCUUCGUCUUUUCCGGUUCGUAAAUCUCAGUCUGUGCAGUGGUUUGUGGACGGUAGAGAGUAUAUGGAACAUGCUGCAAACAUGAUGGAAUUAGCUCGUGAAGAAAUUUUUAUUGCAGAUUGGUGGCUCUCACCAGAAAUUUAUAUGAAAAGGCCGCUUACUGAGGGGAACCGUUGGAGAUUAGAUGAAAUAUUGAAAAGGAAAGCAAAUCAGGGGGUUCGAAUAUUUAUUUUAUUAUAUAAGGAAAUGGAGAUGGCUCUUGGCAUUAAUAGCGUCUACUCGAAAAAAACUCUUCAAGGCCUCCAUCCAAACAUCAAGGUUUUACGUCACCCAGAUCAUUAUCUAGCUUCGGGCACUUUUUUUUGGGCACAUCAUGAAAAGUUAUUAAUUGUUGACCAGCUUAUAGCCUUUGUUGGAGGAGUAGAUUUGUGCUAUGGGCGAUGGGAUGACUGCAGGCAUAAGUUGGUAGAUUUAGGUUCGGUGAAGUACAGCGGUACUCAUGUUUUGACUGCUACGAAUGAUUUUUCUGUGACACAUGGUCUUCGGGCUCUUGCAAUGGCUUCGUCAACAUUUUCUCCUAUUGGCUUGGAAGACCAUGAGGAAGUUACACCGAAAGAAUCUGAAUCAUCAAAAAGCCCCCUUGGAAGUCCUAAGGGGAAAACCUCAGCUGUAAAAAAGCGGCAAAGUAUCAUUAAUAUGAUUACACGGCGAAACAAGACUACUUUGCCGAAACGUCAGAAGUCAGUGGUGGGAGACGUGUCGGAGCCUGCUAAUGCUGAAACGUCUACUCCGUCCCAUCGUUUGAAAUUCUCGGCGGCGAUGAAGCGCUCGCUUUCAGCAAUGCAGCGGUCAUCUCACCCUGGUGGACCUCCAAUAGAAAUGGUUUCAGUAAAUGCAGAAAAGAUGGAUAUACACGACGCACUUAACAAAUAUAAGGAGUAUGUGGAAAGUGGGAAAGCUGAAAAGGACAAGCGUAGAGCAGAAAAGAAAUCACCACCAGUUCAUCGGCGGAGUAUGUUUGUUAGGGUCGCUCGUACUUUAUUGCCUUCUGCCAGGAAACAUCUGUGGAAAAAGAUACAAGAAGAGGCCGGUCAGUACGAUAUAAGUUAUAUGGAGCUGCGUGAUCAAGAUGAAAAAAUUAGGGAGAUGGAAGUUGAGGGAGCGUCGAAACUUUGGGUGGGGAAAGACUACGUGAAUUUUAUAUAUAAAGAUUUCGUCGAGCUUGAUAUGCCUUUUCACGACUUUAUCGAUCGUAGUGUUACUCCUCGGAUGCCAUGGCACGAUAUUCACGCAGUGACUUAUGGAAGUAGUGCUCGUGAUCUUGCAAGGCACUUUAUUCAAAGGUGGAAUGCGACUAAGACAGAAAAAGCAAAAGACUUGAAAGAUUGUCCCUUCAUAUUACCAAAGUGUUACGACACUAUUAAAGUUCCCCGAGUACUUGCAAAUAUCAGCGAACAUGCAGACGUCCAAGUUUUACGCUCGGUGUCAAGGUGGUCGGCAUUAAUUAAUCGUACUGAGGAAAGCAUCCAGCAGGGUUACUUAUCGCUUAUAAUGAAUGCCCGUCAUUACAUCUAUAUUGAGAACCAGUUCUUUGUUUCUAUGAUCGGUGGGGAUGAUGUGCAUAAUGAAAUUUGUAAAGUGUUAUGUGAGCGCAUUAUAAAGGCAUAUAAGAACCAGGAAAAGUUUAAAGUAUAUAUCUUGCUGCCUCUUCUUCCUGGCUUUGAAGGAGACGUUGGAGCUCCAGGUGGUUCUGCUUUGCAAGCAGUUUUACACUGGACGUUUCUUUCUUUGUGUCGUGGCCCAAAUUCCUUACUAGGAAAUUUGCGAAAAGUGAUACCUGAACCUAUGGACUACAUACAUGUGGCUUCCUUGAGGACAUAUGACUUACUCUGUGGUAAAUUGGUAUCGGAGCUUAUUUAUAUUCACUGUAAGCUAAUGAUUGUGGAUGACAAUGCUGUUAUAAUUGGUUCGGCAAACAUUAAUGAUCGCUCACAAACUGGUAACCGUGACUCAGAGGUUUGUAUUAUGGUGAGAGACUGUGAAUUCGUGGAGUCAAAAAUGGAUGGUAAACCUUACCAAGCCGGAAAGUUUGCUAGCAAUCUACGCAAACAUUUAAUGAUGGAACACCUUUGUAUGUUACCAGAACAACCGAGGAGGAACACUUUAACUGACCCUCCAAAAAUUGACUUUGAAGAUCCUAUAAUUGACUCAUUUUUUUUCGACACGUGGGGUGCAAUAGCUAAAAAGAAUACUAAAAUUUAUGAAGAAGUAUUUCAUGUUUACCCAACUGACCUUGCUGAAACUUUCGAAGAUCUAAAAGCAUUCACAACAAAACUUUCAAUGGCGGAGGCAACACCUCAGUUGGCUGAAGAGAAGCUUAGGGGCCUGGUCGGCAAUCUGGUUGAAUUUCCUAUGAAGUUCUUGCGUAAAGUGAACUUGGCACCAAGUAUUGCUUCGAAGGAGGGCCUUGUGCCGACGUCCGUUUUCACUUGA